AAGUAGGAGCGACCGUUAACCACUACCAAGGACGCUUCGUUGGUAAAUGUUUCUGUAAAGCAGAAUGGACAUAACUGCACAGCCAGACCACGCCUACACCAACACAAUGUGUGACGGGAUUAUCCCGACGGAGUUCACUUAUAAAAUGAGCAACAAAGAAAUAGAGAACUUUGUGAAGUUGCGGGUCUCAAACAGUUACCUGUUCUCUGGACUGAGAAACAGUUCCAAGUGGGCGUGGAGGGCCAUCCUGAAACAUAUGGGCUUGCAUCACAGGAUGACUCAUCGGCAAGCCUCUAAAAAAUUUGAAAACCUGAAGAAGAGAUACAAGGAGUUAAAGAAUCCUCCAGCAGGAGUCAAAGUGGUGCCUCAGUCAUGGCCUUUCUUUUCCCUGAUGGAUGAUGCCAUGGAGGGUCGACUGCAGAGUUCAGCCCCUAUCCUCAAAGCCCUUCCUAAUAACAGCAACGUUAGUGAUUUCUUAAUAGCACCCACACGCAAAAGGAGAAAGGUUCCCAACAUGGCGGUGUCUUCUGCAGUAGAUGAGGCAGCAGGUAUUGCAGAGAUCGAGGUUCAGGUGUAUGGAGAUCAGCUGGAGACUGCUGCGACAGAGCCUGCAGAAAGUGAGGAGGCAAACGGUUCCAUUCCGGAGGUGGAUAUCAGCAUGAACUGCGAGCCACAAGAGCGAAAGAGCGAACAGCUGCUUAUGCAAAGAGAGAAACUGUAUCAGGAUGUAGCCGUUUUGGACCGAGAACGGGCGCUGAUGGAGAGGGAGAGGGCGGCAACGGACAGGGAAAGGGCUGUGAUGGAAAGAGAGAGAGCAGUGAUGGAGAGGGAACGGGCUGUGAUGGAGAGGGAGAAGCUGAUGCUGGAGAAGGACAGAGACGCUCUGCGCAGCGAGAGGUUGGCUCUGGAAAAGGAAAAAGCAAAGUGGCAGAGACUUCUGGUGCAAAACGAAAGAACAGAGGAGAACACGGAAGAAGACAUCAAGGUGAUGAACUCUGAUGCGGUGGAUAAAAGAGAGAGAGUUCUUUCUUUAUUGGAAAAAUUGGCAGAGAACAUUUAAAAAAAUCAGUACAAUGACAAGUUUGCACUACCUUAACCUUUGGAGGAAAAACUACAGUGCCUUGCAGAAGUGUUUAUACCUGUUGCAUUAUUUUUCAUUUUGUCAAUUUAAAACUAAAAACUUCAUAGCAUUUCAAUGGUAACUUUAUGUAACAGACCAACAGAAAAUAGUGGAUUAAUCAGUCUCCCAGUUGCAAAAGUUUUUUUCAGAUUUUUAUUUGUAAAACAUUUAGAAAGCCAGGUAUCAUUUACCAUAGUACUUUAUGUUGGUUUGUCACAUAAAAUCCCAGUGAAACAUGUUGAAUUUGGGUUUUAGAAUGUGAAAUUCAAGGGGUUAUAAUUAGAGGUGUGCCGAUCGAUCGGCCACUGAUCAUAAUCGAUGAAAAAGUGUAUGAUCGAUGAUCGCCGAUCACAAUCUCUUGUUGCCGAUCACCAAAACCGAUCACAUUUAUCUCACUUCUGAGCCUGCGGGUCCAGCUGUUCUCCUCUUUACUUCACGCUGCGCAACAAAUCCUGUCGUGUGGAACUGUGCUCUUAGGACAUUUGGAUUUAGGAGCUCGGGAUUGUUUAUUUUGAUGCAUUUGACUUUGAAUGAAUGUUUUCCUCUUUGACAUUAUUUGAUAAUAAGUGUUAUGAGAUUUAUUUGAUCCAUGCAUAAUUUAGGGUACAGAGAACCUUAUUGUUAAAUAUUAUUUAACUGGUUGCAGGUUUUCAGUUGUCAUUUUGACUGAGUAGCUGCUGUAUUGUGCCUGUAAGGAUGUUGCAUGUUUACGUUAAUUAGAUAAUAUUUUAAUAUUCGGCCUUAUGGGUGAUCGGUAUUGGAAUCGGCAGCAAAAAACCUGAUCAGAGCAUCCCUAGUUAUAAUACUUAAGCAAAGCACUUGAAUAAAAUUGCACCGCACAUGAUUGUAUACAAUUCCUCUAAUGGAUAUUUGCUAUCCUGCAUAUUGUUCCAAAUGUGGAUGUUUUGCAAAGAAUGCAGAUAUAUUUAUGGUCAU